CAGACUGCGACGCGCGCUUCACGCGAGACCGUGCGUGCAUCCUCCUCGGCCAGACCGAGGUCAGUCAGGGUCCUGCUCUUCGCCAGGACACUCCGAGAGAAUCUUAAGAGCGAUUUACAGCUGCGUCAACCCUUGCUGUUCUUCUUCUCUCUACCUUUCAUUUCUUCGGACAAACCAACACGCGUAUCGGUCGAUCAGACGAUCGAUACGUCGACCAGUUCGCGAAACGGUCCACGCGGAACAAGUGUCGCGGAUCUGCAAUCAGGAGGAAGUGUUCCGCGCCUCGAUCCCGAUCGAUUCGGUGCAACGAACCCGACGACUCAGUCGAACGGUCGUCGCGACGAGUCCAGUGAACGUUAAACUGGUCCCACUCGUUUGGAACCGUCUGUGGAUUUGACUGAUUUGUGUUAAACAUUUGUGCGCGACACGGAAGCUGGAGCGAGACGUCUCGGCGACCUUACGUCCUCGCGUAGAAUUACUGUUCCUCUCCAUGAACAGUCGGAAGCUUUAAGGAAUCGAUCGUCAACCAGCCAGACGCAAUGUGCGAAGCGGUACCACGGACUUGGUAUACGAAACCAGAUCUCCACUGCAGCGGAGUUGGUGUUCCAGCGGGCGCUUUGUCACCCCCUGCCACACUUUCACCACCCAGCAGUCCUAGCGUGACUCUGCCACCUUCGCCUUGGAGUCCUGGCGCGACAGGAAACACCACCAGUAUCGCGACAUCCUCUCACCCUUCGUCGGUCUGUUCGUCGAGUCUCAAUCAACCAUCCUCGGAUCGCUUCAGCGCUUUCACUCUCGUCUCGACGUACAAUCCUGACACGAGACUUCAAACACUACCGUCAACGACCAUAGCCGCGACACGAGAACUGCGGUGUGGUCUGAUGUACGGUGGUUAUGGAUCAGCAGGGGCUACCUGGUGGGCCCGACACGUGAGUCUCUUGCUGCCCCAUUCCCUGCUGCCAUCCGCGAGAAUCCCAACUCAACAAACUACGCCAGUCACGAAUUGUUCGCCCGUUCACCUGGAACCACUCAGCCCAUCCAGAUCUGGCUCGCCGCGAAGAUGUACACCAGAGAAAACUAAAUUCGACGAAGAGGCGCCGCUGAAUUUGAGCACGAAACCUGGCGAUGUUUUGUCCAGUGUCGAGCGAAAAAGUAAAAUUUGGUCACCAGGAACAGUCUGCGAGAGAGAAGCAAAGGAAACCAGGGUGCCUUCCUCGAGGAGUCCCUCUUUGACUCCUGUGGUCACCAGACAAAUUCAUCAUUCACCACUGACGCCGCCCUCCUCGACGGAAAGGACUUUCCAAUGCAAACAGUGCGGGAAAGCCUUCAAACGGUCGAGUACGCUCAGCACCCACCUUCUGAUCCACUCCGACACACGACCGUAUCCUUGUCAAUAUUGUGGAAAGAGGUUUCAUCAGAAGUCGGAUAUGAAGAAGCACACGUACAUCCAUACUGGCGAGAAACCGCACAAAUGCGUGGUGUGCGGCAAGGCGUUCUCUCAGAGCAGCAAUCUGAUCACUCACAUGCGAAAGCACACUGGUUACAAGCCAUUCCAAUGCGGUCUGUGCGACAAGGCAUUCCAGAGGAAGGUGGACCUGAGGAGGCAUCGAGAAGGACAGCAUCCAGCAGCGCCGGCGCUCGAUUAUCGCUCCCUUCAACUACCCUCUCAAUCCAGCAACGUUCGACGCUCACCUCCGAUCCAGCCACCCUCGGCUUAUCACAUGAUACCCAUUCCUGGUAACAGUUGAGAUCUUUCGAUGUUCACCAUCCAUCUCUUCGUCUUCGAUUGAACUUCGCGGCAAACCUAUCUUUAACUGUUCGCGUGCAAUUCCAUCGCUAUCGUUUCCCUGUGCUCUCUCAGGAAUGAUAGAUGGAAACCCGCGAAGAAAUAAAAGAUAAUUCAAAAUAGUUUUCCUUGUCAACGUUUGCAAAAUUUAUACGCAGCUUCGAGUAUCGAUAAGGAUUCGAUGCUGUAGAAGAGAGAAGUCUUCUGUUCCGGAAAGCUUCUUAACCGAUUUGACUGCGGAUGGCGUUUAUAUUCUUUAAAUCAAUUUAAAAAAGGAUAUUAGCUCAUAGGAGAUGAGGAGACGAAACUUUUUUAUAUUUACAGUAUGUUCACAGGACGCUUAGUUUGGAAAAUAAAAAUUGAAAAGUUCGAAGUUCGUUGGAAAAAUUGAAUUUCAGGAAAAAGGUUUCCAAAAUUUUGAAUUUUUAUCUCUGAAACUAAACAUCGUGUGAAUAAACUGUAAAUAUCGUUCGUUUAUCAUUCUCUAUAAGGUGAUAUUUCUUCUAACAAGUUGAUUGCCACACUGAUAUUCACAUGGAAAUGUGUACAAUACUAAAAUUUUGCUUCGAGACUAUUGGGAAUUAUAGAAUCUAUCAUUUGUCGUAUUACCAAUUUUUAUAUCCCUGUACAAAUUUACCAAUUCUAUCUAGAUUCGUUUUCAUUAACACUCAGUCCUUAAAAUUAAUUGCUGAAGUUCCUCAGUGGAAAGCUCUGUCGCUCACAUAUGGGUGACGUGGCGUUCAACGUGUUAAAUUCACAUUUCUGCGCCUCUUACAAUUUCAAUGAAAAAUUUUUCCGCAGUCAGAGGAUUAACCAAGAAUUUUGAGUGUGUGCUCGAUAGGUAUAGCAUAAAGCACACCUGUCCCAAGUACCUGGCUCUGCUGGUAACCGGUCCUUACAUACCUCUCAAUUCUUCAACAAUGUAAAAACGCCGUAGGGGGUCACGCUUUUGCAUAUUCUUCGAGCUAAAGCUGUAGUCAUCGGCGAAUGAACAAGAUUAGCCGUUUUAGGUAGGGAAUCUUCAGCCGUCCAUUAUUGCUGUACUUUCGGUACGUACGUACAUGUAUAUAUAUAAAUACAUACUAUACAUAGAUAUAUUACAAAAAAUAUAUAUAUAUAUAUACACACGUUAAUUGUAGAUGCAAAGAUGUAUGUACAUGUACACGCGUGACACGUGAUGUAUGCAAGCAUACGUGUGAAUGAGAUAAAAUAUAAUUGGUCAACCUAGCGAUUAAGACGUUCAAAAUUAUUUCUUUGGUUUGCAAUACCGAGUGCAGUGUGUAAUAUUAAUUACACAAGAACUUGGACGAAUUUUAAUUGACAUGAAAAUAGAAGCAAUUUAUUUCGAACCGUUAUUUUCAAUACAGUUGUCUGAAAAUAAAAAUUGUACCUAUUUGGUUAUAUUUGUAUUUCAAAUCUUCCAAAUAAUUCGCAACAAAAGGUAUUUAUCUAGAGAAAUCUUUGCUAUAAUUUAAUUUGAACUAAUUCUUCCUUUGUCAAACAUAAUUUUCUCUUUUAAAUAAAAAGGAACAUAAUGUUCUGCGCCUGUGCAUUUACACCUACAUUUUUACGUCCAUGCGUGUAUGUAAAUGUGUGCGUGUGUGUAUGCUUGCGUGUACGAAUGUGUGCGCUUAUAAUUCCGUACAUACGAGUCAGCGUUACCAAUUGCACGUGCAGGGUUUUAAAAUACUUGGAUUUACGUCCACUUACUUUUAGAAGCGAUUUAUUAAUUGUUUGAACAGUAACGUGAAACAAUAUAAUAAAUUGUCGUUUAAAUCUUUGGCGAUCCAAGUACUCCUUCAAGGUACAAGCAAAAGAUGAUGUAUGAUAAUUCAAGUAAUUCAAUUAAUUAAAAUGUAAUUACCUUAUAACUAGACUGCGUAUCUGCGAAUAUGAACUUUACUUUCAAUCUUUUUUAUAUUCUUGCAUAUUGUUUGCAUUUUGUAGCUUCAUGCACAUUCAAAUUUCCUAUAAAUGCAUAAAGAUCCGCAGUCUACUUAUAACGUAUUCGCGUUAUAACUAAUGAAACAACACUUGCAAAUUAUGCUUCUAAAUUUUAUCGAAUAAAUGUCGGAUAAUUUUGAAAAAUGUCUGACCUCGUUAAAGACUUUGAUCGCCAAGGAUUAAUCAAAUACAGUUGUUUCUACCGUAGGAAAGAGUGGCAACAAGUGGGAUCGUUGACAAUAAUUUAUUAUUUCGAUUAUUGGCGCACAAUAGCAGUAGACAUCGAACGUAAAAUAUCGAUUCCUUUGAACCCUAGUCUCGUGUUACGACGUAGUUUCAAACAAUCGAAUGACUUGAUUCAAAAAGUUCGUGUUUGCAAUUGAAUUUUCUGUUUCGAUGAUUAAAUCAAUCCUUGUGCCAUUCCAUGGAACUAGAAUGCAUCGAAAUCACUUCUCUACUGGACCGAACACAUUAUAGUCGCAAGGUUUUAGUGCUAUCACUUCAAUCGACAGAAGGGAACAAGCAGGAACGGAAAUUUAAUUUGUUAACGUAAUUUAUCUUGUACAUCGAGCCCUCGAGCAUGGAAUCAAUCGUGAAACAAAGCUCGAGGCCCGAUAAAAUGAAUUUUAAAAACGUUAAUAAAUCGUCAACGCAUUUCAUCUCACAAAUUUGAUCAACCUUGAAAAAACUGCGAAAAAUAUUAAAAAUAUUAAAAAUAGAAGUGUUUUAACACGUUGGCUACCAUAUUCUUAAAAAUUCCUACGAGGCUUGAAUUUUAUUUUUAUACUAAUUGGAAACUGUGUAAUCUAUAAUUUAUUAUUUUUUCAAAUUCUUUGAUGAAAAGUCCUGUCACGUGACUAGUCAACGUGUUAUUAAGCAAUGUUCCCGUUAAACGAGAACAGGAAACGGAAGAAUGAAGAGGGCUGGAAAAUUUUUGUAAAAAUUCGAUGUCUGGCGAGGAAUCAUAGCGGCUAGAGGACCAAAGAUAGAAUAAGUUGGACCUUGUCGAUCGGUACUGUUCGGGUUUUCGUGAAGAAAAAUGAUGAGCAAAAUUCAAAUUGUUUGAAAUAUCAUCGGUCGGUUCAGUAAAUCGAGAACCCGUAAUUCACCAAAGACUUUGGUCCUUCGUGUGUAGAUUGUAUUAUACGGUUAGACUUAAGUCGUUUAAUUAAGAACGCGGAUUUCGAGAUCGUUUGUGUGGCCAUGAUACACCAUUGCGUAUGAAUAUUCGAUACUUUUCUGACAGUCGACAUAGAAAAAGAAACGUAGACGAUAAGCCAUCGACACAAUUGUUAAACCGUUACGCGAUUUCUGCUUUCAACGCCUUCGUGAAUGUUUGGUUGCAGUUGAUCCUUUGCACUCCUAAGACCAGCUGUACUGUCCAGACGCUUGGAACGGUUCCACUAUAAGCAAUGCAAUAAAUAUAAUAUUAUGUAUCAGGUAGACCGAAAAGUAAUGUCGUUUCUUUUACAUUAUAUUCAAACUUUCCAAUAAAUGUCUAUCUUCAAUUCAUUAUAUAAUCGCCCUCAUUCUUAGCAGCCUUUUGUCACCUAGUGUGCAAAUUUUCAAUGGCAGAAAAAUCAAUGAGCUGAUAAAUGAUAAACAAGUAUUUAAGAUGGCAAAAACGACAUUACUUUUCAGUCCACCUAAUAUGUUUAUGUUUGGUUCAUACAAAUUUAAAGAUUGGAAAAAUUGCGAAGAUUUAUUCGUGUUGAGUUAAAACUUGUUGAGUUGAUUACUGGUGCAUAGCCCAACUACUUGGAGUGCAAAGGAUUAAAGUGAAAGAAAAAUUGGAUAUAUUGUACAUCAAGUCACGCGAACCUACGAUAGAUGGACUCGAUAGAGAUAGGAAAUAUCGCGAAAGAAAUAAUAGAAUUUGAAAGAAAAAUUAAAUUGCGUAGAAAUGAUAUUUAAUAUCUGUUCAAUGACUGGAUGGAUGGCGUUUUCAAAGUGAUAAACGAGUGAUUCGAAUACAAUUGCGAAAUUAUUACGAAUAAAUUUAUCAUAGUUUUUGUUAUAAAGGUUUAUUUGUAUGAAAAAUGUUUCACAGGUUUGCGCGAACGCGUCGCCACGAUGAAAACGGAAACGCGUGAAUGUUCACGCGUUCACGAGGCAACGUUUUUACCUUUAUUUGUAAUCCACUAGAUUUCUUAUGUAUUCGACGUGACUUUCGUAAAUGAUACUCUAAGGGUUAAGUAUAAAUAAAAUGUAACAGAUAAGUGGAGUCCGACGCAUAGAUAAGUAGAAUUAACUUAAAGCAUGCGUGAGAUACAAGGCGACUGUCGACGAAACGAACGCGAGUGCGAAUGUAAAUGACAAAUUUGUGUUAAUCGGUAAACCAAAAAAUAUGUUUACAAUUGGUAUAAAGACGGUAUCGAUUGAAUAAAUUGUUUUUCUU